UAGAGAUGUCUGCAUCUCAGGCAGACGGAAGAAGAAAUGAAUAUCUCAACAUAUCAGUCAAUACAUUUAUUCAUUUUCAUUUGUGGUUUAGUAAAUUGUAUGGUGACUAAAUGGACACAAUCUAAGCAUAACUUGAACAUAUCGUGGCCUAUCAAGAGGGUUGCGGAGAUAGAAGGUGAUAUAGUGUUAGGAGGGUUAAUGAUGGUGCACGAGAGAGAAGAUUUAUUAACGUGUGGCCCCAUCAUGCCCCAAGGAGGGAUUCAGGCGUUGGAGUGCAUGCUUUAUACUAUCGAUUGGAUCAACAGUCAGAAAGAUUUCCUACCUAAUAUCACUCUGGGAGCUUACGUGCUGGACGACUGUGAUAAAGAUACUUACGGUCUUGAACAAGCUGUCGAUUUUAUUAAAGGUUACAUAAGUAAUUUAGACGAAGGGACAUAUCGCUGCCCGGAUGGAUCUAGUCCAAGUAUCCGACAAAAGAUCGUUUCUGGGGUGCUUGGAGCAGCUUCUAGUGUCACUUCGAUUCAAGUGGCCAACUUACUCCGACUUUUUAAGAUUCCACAAGUGAGUUUCUUCUCUACAAGUCCCGAACUGAGUAAUAAACAGAGAUUCGAAUACUUUUUACGUACUGUUCCUUCCGAUAAAAACCAGGCUCAUGCUAUGGUCGAGAUCGUUAAGCGACUAAAAUGGGCUUACGUUUCCAUUCUCUACGAAGAAUCCAAUUACGGAGUGAAGGCAUUCAGUGUUCUGGAGGAACUGUUGGCUGAAAGUAACAUUUGUAUUGCCAUCAAGGAAAGACUAAUCAAAGAUUCUGGAGUGGCUGUAGAAGAAGCCUAUGAUAAUAUCGUGCAAAGAUUAUUAUCUAAACAAAGCGCUAGAGGAGUAAUAAUUUUCGGUUCUGAUCAAGAGGUUGCUGGAGUAAUGAGAGCAAUUCGCAGGAACAAUGCAACAGGAACUUUCUCUUGGAUAGGCAGUGAUGGAUGGAGUGCAAGGGCUCUGGUAUUCGAAGGUAACGAAGAUCAAGUGGAAGGUACUCUUUCUGUACAGCCAAGAGCACAUCCGGUGAAAGGCUUUGACGAAUAUUUUCUUAGUAGAACGGUCUAUAAUAAUCGAAGAAAUCCUUGGUUUAUAGAAUAUUGGGAGCAUUAUUUUAAUUGCCGAUGGCCAAAUAGCACAGAUACUCCAUUCAAUGGAAAUUAUACUCGGUUCUGUACUGGGGAAGAGAAAAUGAACUUUGAAAAUGGUUACGAACCAGAAGGUCAACUUCAAUUUGUUAGUGAUGCGGUAUUAACUUUUGCUUAUGCAUUGAAAAGAAUGCACCAAGAAUUAUGUCAGGGGAAAUCUGGAUUAUGUCAAAGAAUGAAACCUAUUAAUGGCACGAUUUUAUUAGAAUAUUUAAAAGUAAUAUCUUUUACAGGUAUGAGUGGAGAUAAAUUUCGUUUUUCUCCAUCUGGAGAUGGUCCUGCCCGUUACAAUAUAAUUCAUUUCAAGCAAAUAUCUUCUGGAAAUUACAAAUGGAUUCAAGUAGGGGAAUACAAAGAUGGCGAACUCGAGUUGAAUCUCUCUGAAAUCAGAUUUAGAAUGGAUAAUCCGAAUGUACCUAUUUCAGUCUGCAGUCUACCCUGCAGAAAAGGACAAGCUAAGAAAUUCUUGGAAGGAGAGAGCUGCUGUUGGCACUGCUUUAAUUGUACUCGUUAUCAAUUCUUAAAAACAGAAACACUUUGUGAAGAUUGUCCUCCAGGAUUCUUACCAGAUGCUGAUCAAGCAUCCUGCCUAUUGAUACCAGAAUCGCAUAUGACACCUGGAAGUGCUCUAGCUUUGGGUGCUAUGACUUUCUCUACAUUAGGCGUCAUAUUAACAGGAUUUUUCACAUCAGUAUUUCUGAAACAUAAUGAUACUCCAAUUAUUAGAGCUUCUGGAAGAGAACUCAGUUAUGUCUUAUUACUUGGUAUUUUCAUGUGUUACAUUAUGACCUUUAUUUUGGUGCAGAAACCAUCCGAUAUUAUCUGUGGCGUUCAGAAGACAGGUAUUGGAUUGUGCUUUGCUAUCGUAUACAGUGCCAUAUUAACCAAAACUAAUCGCAUUUCACGAAUUUUUAAUGCUGGAAAGAAAACUGUCAGUAAACCAGCAUUUAUAUCUCCUCAAUCUCAAUUGAUAAUUUGUGGAGCAUUGGUCAGUGUUCAAAUUUCAAUCACAGCUGUAUGGUUGGUGUUUACUCCGCCUCGUGCUAUUCACUCGUACCCUACAAGAGAGGAAAAUCUUCUUGUAUGUACAGCAUCCAUGAAUGCUACAUAUAUGGUGGCUUUUGCAUAUCCAAUAUUUCUGAUUAUUGUCUGCACCAUUUACGCUAUAUUAACUCGAAAAAUACCAGAAUCAUUUAAUGAAUCGAAAUACAUAGGACUUACCAUGUACACUACCUGCAUUAUAUGGUUGGCAUUUGUGCCUAUAUAUUUUACCACAUCCUCCAAUGUAAAAGUUAACAUUACCUCUAUGUGUUUGACGAUAAGUCUAAGUGCAACUGUGACAUUAGUGUGUCUCUUUACUCCGAAAAUCUAUAAUGUGAUCUGGCAUCCGGAAAGAAAUGUUCGUAUGAGCAUCAUGAAACAAAAACAGAAAUGUAUGAAUUCAUUAGCUGCACCCGAAGCUUCUUCUCAACUUAAUGAUGUUAAACAGGAGAAAUCAGUGGAAAUCUACGACAUGUGUACAAAAUUGGAAAAAGCUGAUUGUGCCACCCAAACAUUUACAACGUUGCUCAACAACGGAAACGAUGUCAACAAAUGUCAAAACGAAAUAAAUCUUUAGAAUUCGUAAAAUUAUAUCAAAAUGAAAAAUUUCCUAUUUUUAUGAUUCAUGAAUCGAGCUUUAUAAAAUGUUACUUUGAUAGGAAGCUCGAUGUUGAUGAUGAUAUAUUUAUUAUGUAAAAUAGUGUAUAUAUUUUUAUUAAAAUAGAAGAAGUUAUUAAACAGUAGCUAUGAGAUAUUUCGAAUUUAAUUAUGUAAUAUUUUUAUAAAUAUUUUUGAUUCUAGUUUGUAAAAGUUGUAAUGUAUCUGUAGGUGUACAUGUGGCAUGAAUUAUAACUCAUAUAAUGUAAAUUGCAAUACAGUAUAUUUAAAUUCUUCUUUACUG